AAUAAAUGAAAGGAAUAGUUGUAUUAUGCAUUUUAUUAAUGACAUUGAAAUCAUAAUUUAUAAAGACAUCAACUUUGAACUUAGUAAUGAAAUACAUAAUAAAUAAUAUAAGUGUGAUGCAAGUAUAUAUUUACGACCAGAUAUCUAUUAUGUAUAAGGAUAGUCUUCAACAAUUAUUGAGCCAACUUAAGCAGUAGUAACAUUGGAAUUAGAAGUUAAGAAUGUUAAGGCAUAAAAUGCACUUUAAGAGGCAGCUUAAAUAGCUGAAAAUGCAGUAAAGUAAUUGAUAGACUAAAUAAGAUAGAGCCAUUAAAGAGAACUGCAAUGGGGAAUUAAAGAUUCAAACAGCUGAUUUCACAAUCUAACCAUUUUAAGAGUACAGUUAAAGUGAACCUUCUUAUGUUACAUUUUCAGGUUUUAUGGUAAAUAAUAGGAUAACAGUAGAAACUUUAAAUAUUAAUGAUGUGGGAAGGUAGGAUAUUAUUUAUAAUGUUAGAAUAAUUGAUGUAGCUGUGAAAUAUAAGGUAAAUAAGGUGAAUGGAAUUGAAUUUGAUAUUAGUAAAAAAGAGAAGAAAAGAUUGAAGGAUGUAUUACUAGAAUAAGCAAUUGAAGAUGCUAAACAUACAGUAAUGAAUUAAAAUUAGAUUUAGGGUAGUGUAGUUUUGAAGGGAUUGAAUAUGAAAAUAGAAUCUAUAAAAUCUGUUUAAAUAUUACAGAACUAUGGAUAUAGUAUGAAUACAUAGAUGAGUUAAUCGGUGAAUGUUGGAUUUGUAAUUAGUCAAUUAGAUUAAUGACACAUCAUAGUCAU